AUGGAAACCCCCAACGUCCCUAUCAACUUCGUCCCCGCCACAGCCGGCGAAACGUUCAAACUGGGGACCAUCACGAUCCGUAUCAUGGAGGAUGGGUCAAGAACGGACAACCGGAUCGGCAGUGCAGAGUUUACAGUCCCGGCGCAUACUUCGGGACCUCCACCGCACUGGCAUGAAAUGCACGAUGAGACCUUCCUCGUCACCCAAGGCACACUACGAUUCCACGCCUUGAACGGCCAGACCAUCGAUGCCAAAACCGGCGACUAUGUGACUGUCCCGACGCGGUCGCCGCAUACGUUCAGCAACCCUUACGAUCAAGAGGCCAAGUUCUUCAACACGUACACGCCGGCAUUUUAUAUAAAUUAUUUCAAACUGCUGGCGACGCUGGGCGAGGCUGGGAAACCAAUGAAUCCGGAGGCGAACAGGAAGGCUAUGGCGUACUUUGCCACCAUUGGGGUUUCGGACGACGAGAUGGAAGUGGACAGGACGCAGUUCUUCGGGAAGACACAGACGGACAGUAAGGAAACGGUGGGCACAGAGACAAAGAAAGCCACAGCUUGA